AUGAUUUUCAACUCAAAAGUUGCUUCGGCGUUGGCCGAAGACGGUCAUAAUGUGGUGAGUAUUUUAAGAUUUUUUAAAUAAAAUAAUAUUAAUAAAAUGUGAUAAUUUGUAGAUGGGCGGGUCGUUUAAUAAGACAUGAAAACUGUUCGCCAAAAUUUGACAUGACUCUAGGUUCCGUAUAUAGAAAAAAUCACCUUUAAUAUUAGGUUGAUUCAAAAGUUUUUCCACAUGUCUUUAAAAAAUUUUUAAAAAUUUAGACCAAAGCCAGUGGGCCUGAUAUAUAUCUUGUUAGAAAGAGGGCUGUUUGUAGAUUAUAGUAGAUUAAUAACUUUUUACAACUUAGCAAUUUGUAGUAGUAGCGCCGUGUUAAACCUUAACUACUCGAAGGUAGAAAAAGUAAACCGCCGGCGUUACGUCUAGAGUGACUGUAUCUUCUUAAUAUUCUAGAAUAUGGUAUGCCUGUAUGUAAUCUCUAUGGCAUCGAGGACAAUUUGCUAUAGGGCUAGUCGAAAAAUUUUUAGUGCGAAAAAUCAAAAAUUAGGGUCUGGCAAAAGUAGACCCUGUAGACGCAGCUAUUAGAAGCACUAAGAGAUAACGCUUUCUGUUAUUGUAGUGUAUGAGUAGCACUACAACGCCAAUGCUAAACAUUCGCGCUAGCUUUAGCUAUGCGGCAGAAAAAUCGAAUCUUUCUAAUCUACCAAUAUUUUACGAAAUUUAGGGGAUUUUUACAAAAACGUUUUCUGUUCAUUACUCUCGCCCGGUAUCCUAGUUAUUUAAUAAAUAAUUGAUCCUACUUGACAUACACUAUCAGUUGCUAGACGCGCUAAGCUGAAGGUCCUCUUGCCAUACCAGUAAAAAAAUUACAAAAAUCGUCUAAAAGUGCAGUUUAUGCUGCUUUUCUACCUUAUAAGGCAAUUUCAGUUGGUGACUUUUUGAAUGUAUCAUCAGCAUACAGUCUUUGUACAACCUGAAUGGCAGCCGAGUCAAAAAAGUCUAACCCCUUUCAAAAAAUUUUUAAAAAUCUGCUUUUGAUCGGUAGCUCGGCUCUUCGGCCAACUUUAUGGGAUGCUACAAAAAACGUCAGUGUAGAUAUAAGUAGAGCAAUAAAUUCAGAAGAAACUACAGCCAUCCCCAGUACGAAUAACCCAAAACCGGAGACUUUUUAGUGGGCUGGAAAAUUGCUAGGGCCCGGGAUAUUCACCAUGACGCAAACGGAGAAAUUUUUAGUAUUUUUGAAAUAUUCUGAAAGGAAGCUUGUAGAAAAUAAAAUGCUACGAAUCAAAAAUUUUGCAAUGGUCUGCCCCAUACAUCUAUGCUUUCAGUUUUAACGUACAUUCAAUCAGGCUCCAGAAAUUUUAUUUUGAAAUGUCUCAAAAAAAUGUGGAAAAACUUUUGAAUCAACCUAAUAUUUUUUCAGACUCUAAUGGAAGUUUUUUACGAUGAACCUCCGGGCAGUUUCAACUAUAAAUCUAAUAAUUUCAACCUCUGGAAAGUGAACUUUGAUUGGCCAAAUCGGACAGCUCCAAUUUCUACCUCAAGAACUGCUAAUGAUUACUUGCCAAUAUUCAUUUUUGAUCUUCUAAAGCCCCUUUUUUAUUUCUCAAUUUUCUUUGAAAGUGCUGAUAUUCAUUCCAGACUGGCCGAUGCUUGUAAAUGUAAGUAAAUUGUGCAGAAAACAAAGGCUUGUCUAAAAUAUCCCAUUAAUUUCUUCUACUCGUAUUUUACAAACAAUUCUAGGCUUUGUCGAAAAAGAGGGACUGAUCAAAGAGAUUAAGGAAAAUAAUUAUGAUGUUCUUGUUGGAGAGCAGCUAACUUUAUGCGGAUUCGGAAUCGCUGAAGCGGCUGGAAUCAAAACGAAAAUCUGGAUGUCGAGGCAAGUUUAA